GGUGUUGAGAUAACGCACGCGCGCGAUGUCGAGCGGAUUCCGCGUGCUGCACCUCGUGCGCCCCUUCUUGGGCUUCCUGCCCGAAGUCAAGGCGGCCGAUCGCAAGAUUCCGUUUCGCGAAAAGACGCUCUACACGUGCGUGGCGUUGUUCGUGUUCUUGGUGUGCUCGCAGCUGCCGCUGUACGGGAUCAACACCGCGAGCGGAGCGGAUCCGUUCUACUGGGCGCGGGUGAUCAUGGCGAGCAAUCGAGGGACGUGCAUGGAGCUCGGGAUAUCGCCAAUCGUGACGUCGGGGCUGGUGAUUCAGCUCUUGUCGGGGUCGAAGAUCAUCGAGGUGGACGAGAGCGUCAAGGAAGAUAGAGCGCUGUUGAACGGCGCGCAGAAACUUCUCGGGGUGUUGAUCACCAUCGGCGAGGCCGUGGCGUACGUCGUGAGCGGGAUCUACGGUGAUGUGCGCGACUUGGGGGUGGGCAACGCGUUGCUCAUCAUCAUUCAGCUCUUCUUUGCGGGAAUAAUCGUCAUUUGCUUGGACGAAUUGUUGCAAAAGGGCUACGGUUUAGGGUCGGGGAUCUCUCUGUUCAUCGCCACGAAUCAGUGCGAAUCGAUCAUCUGGAAGGCGUUCUCUCCGACCACGGUGAACACCGGCCGAGGCACCGAAUUCGAGGGCGCGAUCAUCGCGUUUUUCCACUUGAUGCUCACGCGCACGGACAAGAUUCGCGCGCUCAAGGAAGCGUUCUACCGCACCAACUUGCCAAACAUCACCAAUCUGCUGUCGACAAUCCUUAUCUUCCUCAUCGUCAUCUAUUUCCAAGGAUUCCGCGUCGACUUGCCGAUCCAAUCCAAGCAAAACCGCGGCUACGUGCAAAACUAUCCCAUCAAGCUCUUUUACACGUCCAACAUGCCGAUCAUCUUGCAGUCUGCCUUGGUGUCAAACUUGUACUUCAUCUCCCAACUCUUAUACAAGAGAUACGGUGGUAACUUUUUCAUCCAACUCUUUGGUCGCUGGCACGAGAGCGAAAGCAAUGGUCAGCUCAUCCCCACUGGUGGUUUGGUAUAUUACAUUUCGCCGCCGACGUCUUUGGCUGACGUCGCGGCAAAUCCGCUGCACGCCAUCUUCUACGUCACCUUCAUGCUCUCCGCUUGCGCGUUGUUCUCUAAGACUUGGAUCGAAGUCGCGGGUUCUUCCGCCAGAGAUGUUGCCAAGCAGCUCAAGCAACAACAAAUGAUCAUCAAAGGUCAUCGCGACGUCAAGAUUGAAAAGGAGCUCAACAGGUACAUCCCCAUCGCCGCGGCGUUCGGCGGUAUGUGCAUCGGCGCGUUGACGAUCGUGGCCGACUUCUUCGGUGCGAUUGGUUCUGGUACUGGUAUCUUGCUCGCGGUCACGAUCAUUUAUCAAUACUUUGAGACGUUUGAGAAAGAAAGAGCGUUCGAGAUGGGCAUGAACGUCUUGAGCUAACUGGCGUGCGCGCGAAGUGAAACUCAAGAGACGCGCUCGGGCGAGGCGCACUAAUAAAAAAUGCGCCACAAACCCUCCAAUAGUUAUAUACGGGCCUAGGUGAUCAUUAGACUGAUUUUGUUUCGAAAAUCCUUCAUCUGCGCUAUGUUCAAAGCGCUCGGACGCGACGCGAAGCGCCUCGCGCGAGUUGCGGGAUUCGCGGCGCUGAGUUUAUCCGAAACAGCUUUCUCUCGUUUUACAAUCACUCGAUGCCGUGAAACAGCCGAGUACAAUCGCUAC